CACGCCUUCUCUCACUUUUAUAGAUGCACUUUCCCUUGACCUCUAGUCAUCGACCUCACCACCACCCACAUUAUCUUCGAUAGACGACACCCAACAUGGCCGACGCCACACCCAACCCUCCUCCAGUCGAGAACAGUCCCCCAGAACACCAUGACGACCAGGCCGCCGCAGCCACCACCACUACCGCCGCCGAAGAAACAGAAUCGCAAAGCAACGAAACGCUACACCUAACAAUCCACCACCGCGGCACAGCCCACAAGAUCAGCCUACCGGCAACCUCCACCCUCCCCGACCUGACCGAGCACCUCUCCCAAAAACUCAACAUCCCCGCCUCAAACCAAAAGCUGCUCAUCGCACCAAGCCCCGGAAUGUGCAAACCACCCUUCAGCCCCGCCCUCACACACACCCCACUAUCAACUCUCCUACCCUACACCUCCCCACGCUUCAAACUCACCGUCCUGGGCACCCCAUCCGCCGAGAUCACCAGCUUAAACAACCAAGGCGCAACACAACAAGCCCGCGACCAGCUCCGCCGCAGCACGCACGCCAAAUACGCCGCAACCGCAACCCCUUCCUCGGUCUCCAGCGCCAUCUCCCGCAUCCACACCCUCUCCUCAUCAUCAUCAUCAUCUGAUGCAUCACCAGACAACUACACCUUCCACAAACUCCUCCCCCUCCCACACCUGCCCAACCCAUCCAGAAGCCACGACUUCCUCGCCCGCCUCCGCGACGACCCAGGUAUCCGGUCCGCGAUGCGCAUCCACCGGUUCUCCGUGCCAUUGCUCACGGAGAUGGAUCCCGCAGAGCAUACGACGUCGCAUUCGCGGACGCUGGGGCUGAAUCGGAAUAAAGGCCAGGUGAUUGAGUUGAGGUUGAGGACCGAUGCCUACGACGGGUACAGGGAUUAUCGGACUAUUCGCAAGACGCUGUGUCAUGAGCUUGCGCAUUGUGUGCAUAGUGAGCAUGAUCGUGACUUUUGGGAGCUUACGAAGAGGAUUGAGGGGGAGGUGGAGAGGGGGGAUUAUACUAGGAGUGUGAGGGUGCUUGGUGCUGGGGGUUCGGGGGGCCAGGACGAGUUCUAUAAUCCUGGGGAGUGGGAGGAGACUAUGCGCGAGGGGUUGGUUCUUGAUGAGAGGGGGUGGACCGGUGGGAGGUUUGUUUUGGGGUCUGGGGAAGGGUCGGAGCAGGCGGAGGGACAGGGGGACGGUGGUGGUAGUGGUAGUGCUACGGGGCCAGGGAGUAUGAGGGAGGUUCUGGCCAAGGCGGCCGAGGAGAGGAUGAAAAGGGAGAGGGAGAGGGGGGGAAGUGAGAAGUGA